AUGCCUCUGUCAGCAAUAUUUAGGUCCCUACAGAGCAAUCGGCCGGAUGCCUACCAGGCCGUGAAGGGGGGCCUGGGCCUUCGGCUGUGGGAGAUUGUGGUGAAUUAUUGGGAUCUAGGGUUCACUGCUUUCGGUGGCCCUCCAGUGCAUUUUCAGAUUAUGCGCAAGAGAUUUGUGGAUGGUGAGCAUGGAAGGAUUCCUUGGAUUGAUGAACAAACUGUGAGUCUUUGUCUUUGGGUAGUUGUUGGGAGCGCUGUGCUGAUUUGGGUACCGGUAGUAUCAAGAGUUGUUUGCGAUCUGCCAGGCACUACCCGGACCGGGGAGCACAAAGUUUGCCUUUUGUGUCGCUUUGAUACAUGCUGGAUUUAUUCCGGCUGUCCUCGCAUUCCUCAUCUGGAGGUUUGUUUGAGUAUGCUCCGAUUCUAAAGUUCGUCUAAUGAGUUUUAGCCUUCCGGGCGCAGUUGGUAUGUUUGCUUUGGCUCUCGGGGUUGAGAGAAUAGACGAGGUUCUUCCAAACCUAGUUUAUGCCCUACUAUCUGGCCUCAAUGCCAGCACGGUUGGUAUUAUCGCCGUGGCGGCUGUCCAGGUAACACCCUCGUCUCUAUUUUUAAUUAGCUUGGCUGACUGAUCGCCUUAGCUCGCGGAAAAAUCUAUCACGGAUCCUCUUACCCGUAUGCUUGUCAUACUGGGAGCGUGUGCCGGACUUCCGUAUAAUGCACUAUGGUACUUUCCGGUAUUGAUGGCCAUUGGAGGCACGGUCACCGUCUUCUGGGAUCUUUGGGGACGUGCCAAGUUUGGCCGUAUGAGGGCUCGGUUCAGCCGGAAAAACAGGAACGAACAAAGGGAGGCUGAGGAGUCUACUGCAUCCGGUGCUGUCCCGCUGGAAACCAGAAGCCCUACUCGGGACGGGGGUCUCCAGAGACGGGCAGCCGGCCGUGUUGAGGCAAGCGGGGCAGCAACAGCUCAAACGCCGAGAAACUCGGUGGAGGAGAUUAUACCCGAGGGGAAUGCGACUCCACAACCUCAGGGAAUUGACACCGUUUCCCAUGGUAUUCCGGUGAAGGUCGGGAUUUUGAUCAUCAUUGGAUUUUUUGGUAGUUGUCCUCCUCGAACCUUUGGCGGGUUACACUGACGGAAUUUAGUCUCCUUCAUUGCUUUGAUGACUGUCCGUGGACUCGAUAACACUCCAUUGGAGUUCGACCUGUUUGCGAAUAUGUAUCUUGCCGGAACCAUUAUAUUUGGUGGAGGGCCAGUCGUCAUUCCGCUUCUCCGUGAAUACGUCGUCGAGCCCGGAUGGGUUUCGUCCCGUGACUUCCUUCUUGGCCUUGCUAUCAUCCAAGCUUUCCCUGGACCAAACUUCAAUUGUGAGUCCACUAUCCCCUCCUCCUCUCCCCACCUACACCCGGUUAACAAUUCUUUAGUUGCAGUAUAUCUCGGAGCCCUUACACUCAAUCGUGAUUCGUCCUCUGUUCUUGGCGCCUUCUUAGGGUAUCUAGGAAUCUUCUUCCCAGGAAUCACCCUCUCCAUCGGUGUUCAAUCAAUUUGGCGAGUCCUACGAACCAAACCGGCCGUUGUCUCGUUGCUCCGUGGUGUGAACUCCACAGCUGUGGGCCUCGUCUUCACCGCAGUGUAUCGGCUUUGGGAAAUCGGAUAUCUGCAAGGCGGCCAAGAGGGAAGCGGAAGCCUAGGAUUAGACCCCUGGUGGGUCGUGGUAGCAGCCGUGACUUUUUCGAGCGUCCAGUGGUGGAAUGUGCCGCCGCCGGUCGCGAUUCUUGGAGGCGCUAUCGGAGGAAUCGCCUGGUGGGGCGUUGUGCGGUAGAUAUAUGUUAGCAAGUCGGUGCAAAAUAAUUGGUUGUAAUCAGGCGAAGUAAAGUCAUAUGUAACUUCUUACUUGUAGAUAAAGGCCUAAAUUUAACUGCGGCGGCAGGCCCCGCGAUACGGUAUCGUAAUGGUUAGUUGGUAGCCGAAAUUCAUUCCUUGAUUGU